CCAUACGAUUAAACUACAAAACAAAGCUCAGGACGCAGAAAAGAUUGGUUCUUGAAAUGGAAGGAGAGUGUUUAUUUUCAUUUGAAUUGUUCGUCAAAAAAAUUGAUUAUUUAAAUGUUACGUGCAACAUUCCUGCAGUCGCUUUUCGUCUGCUUGAUUAUCCGACGUUAAUCAUAUAUUUUACUUCACUUCAAAACAUUCAACGCAUAAAAGAGAAGGUUGGAAGUGAAAACGUGAAUGCUGAUGUAACCCAAGAAUUAGAGAAAAUGAAAAGUGGAUCAAAAGGGUAUGAUUUUGAAAAAGGCAAAUCUUGUUUAUUUCAGCAUAAAUUUGAAACAUUCAACGAGUUUAUACAGCGCGUACCAUUGUAUAUUAUGAUCUUAGAUACAUGGUCAGAAAAACCUAAGCUUUUAGGUAGCUGUCUUGUCCCUUUAAUCGAUCUCACAAAACAAAUUAAUAAAACAAUGUCGCAGUUUGGACAACACUGUCCUGCAGUUGGCCAUCAAACUGGAACAUACAACAUUUGUAACCUGAUGGGAACAAGCAUAGGAAAGAUUAGUUUGGGUUUGAAAUUGACUUGUUAUGGUCAAUCGUUGUUACGUCACGUGAAUUUUGAAGGAAGAAGACAGAAAGAGAUCAAUAUUUUGUUAGAUAUUGAUGAUAAAGAGAGAAAAGAAAAGAAGAUCUCCGCUAUAAUUCCAAACAACGAACAUAUUAUUGUACCAGCGGAUGGAAAAAUCGCCAGCAGUAAGCAGUGUAAACCUAAAUUCGUGAAGGAUGAAGGUGUGCAGUGUGCUUUGAAAAAGAAGAAAAAGAAAUGUGCUAUCCGUCAGAAAGAAACAUACCUGGAAGUAGAAUGUGCAUCGGACGAUGAUCAUAACAUUGUAUGCCCUCCACCAUUGUUUAUUAAUUUAAAAGAUGAACAUAAAUCACGUAAUUUUGAAAAAGUAAAGGGUGGAGUGAGAAAUAGUAAAUAUUUAUACGACAUUGAAAAUGAUGGUGACAGCUUAUCUUCUGAUGAGGAACCGCAUAUAGAAAUUCUUAAACCUGAUCUUAAAAAACAGUUCUGUUACGAAGUUGUUAAUCAAAAUGCUUCUGUUGCUUUAUUAGAAGAAAAGAAAGUAAAAGAUGUUAAAGAAGAAGCAGCGAACGUGCCUGAGAAGUUGUCUUUGCUGGAUGUCAAAAAUCUGCCUGUUUUAUGCGCUCUGUUACAAGAAAUCAGUAAGUUAACAAAGAAUAUAAACGAAAAUCCUGUUUCAAAAGUAUCUUCUCCCGCUGAAAAUAAAGAGAUUGUCACUGAACGAAACAGAAAUAUAAAAAUUUCGAGUAAAAAUUUUGUUAGCCCGCACGAAAUCAGUCACAUAAGAAUGAAAAAAAUUGACAAGAAAAUAAAACAGCCAAAAUCAUCUCGAAAAUUAAAAAGAAAAGAGAAGUUAACAUAUGGCUUCACACGUACUCAAAUGCUCCGCUAUAAGUUAACACAUGAUCAUUUGCUCGAACAUUCAGAGAAAAAGGCGACCAAUGUUUUGCUCGAUAAGCCAGAUUCUUUUGAGGUGAAGAAAAGUGAUGUAGCUGUAGUUGAUCAAAACAAAACAAAUGUGAGGAAAGAAAAAGAAAUCGAACUGAGUUUACAAAACAAAAUGAACUCUGUGCAAUCAGUUAGAAAAGAGAACGGAAAUUCAAGUGAUGCUUUUUUUGCGAGUUCAUUAACUAGUGUUAGCCAACCAGAAUCCGCUGAUGUAUUAAAUGGUGAGGAUUCCUUUCACGGUCAAGAUAUAGCUGAGAAAAAAACUGGUUUCUAUUCACCAAAACAACCAAGAGCGGUGUCUGUCUCUGAGUUGGGUGUUUUCGAUGAUCGCUCCCCAUGGUCGUCAACGGCGUUGUCACGUGAUCAAAACAAUGUCGAUUACAACGACGAUUCUUUCCACAGUGAUUCAGCGGGUUCCACUAUCAGUGUAACUAGUAGUGUCUCCAUCCCAGAUCUUUCGCACACAUCAAAUCACUCUACCGUGGAGAAUUUAAAAAGGCCUUCUCGAGCGUUAUCUUCAACAAGUAGAAAUACGCGAGGAGAUAUUUCGGGAGUGAGUACAAGAAUAUCAAGAAGGGAGACUGUAUCUGGAGUCAUUUCGAAAUCAUCAAGAAGAACAAAUUCUACGACCACACAAUCAUCACGUGACCUCUUUGCUUCACCCAUCGAUAGUUCUCCAACUACGAGUGAUCGGAGUUCGAAAAACGGUAAACGAGUGGAGACUAAAGGACCGGUACAAUCUAGUUCCUCACCUAUGAAGUCAAAACACACGAGAAAAAACAAAUUGGACGAAAAAGUCAGUAUUAGCGUUCAAUCAGUAAAUACUUCACACAUAAACUCCACUGAGAGUGGAUUCUAAACAUUCUUCAUCUAACAUAUUGUAUCGAAAUUUUAUAGCAAAGAAUAAAAAACAAAUUGAA